AUGCAACGCUUCAGGCCCGUCGCGACGAUCUAUGCCUCUCUAGUUUGGCACCAGCGGCGCCAGGAGUGGACAGUCAGUCGGUGGACGGAAGGAUUGGAACCACCGACUUCAGCUGUGGCGGUGGAUGGUCCCGGGAGAACCCGCCGUCCUGUCGUUGCAUCGAUCCAUGAGACAGGAGGAAGCCUCUACCGCGUCCAUAACCAAAAUCCCAUGCUUCAGGCCAUCCCUCAGGAAAGUCCUCCUCGUCUCCUCCGGCGACAUCCAGUCUGUCUGCUCCUCUGCGGUGUGUCGACGUCUCUGGCGGAGAGGUUCCUCAUGCCAGCUGAAUGGUGGAGAUUGGACCCUGGCGCAGAGCCUACAUCCGCCGUGGUUGCGCUGAAGGGUGGAGCAUCCGGCUGCCAUGGGCCCCCGCAAAUUGCCGGAUUCCGCCAGCGCCGUUGCCGAUCAUCCACACUGUAG